UGAAGCCAGUUACCACACAAAAAUAACUGUAAAGAUGAACUGAUACUGUGUAUAAACAGUUGUGGUUAUAAAAAAUGAAUUAUAGUGAUAAUCUCACUCCUAAUAAUAACAAAACACACCUUUUGGGUGUGGUUUUGAUUGAAAGCUACCCAGGCAUAGCCAGGGCAUGCCUGGGCCUGCAGCCGCCUAUGGUCAGGGCUAUAGUAGGUAGAGCUAGCUAAAUAGUGUGUGGGCGGUUGACUAAUUGACUUACCCACUUAGGCAAUUGUUUAAUUUUCUCACUCAGUCUCUAGAGUCGAGGAUGGAGUUAAAAGAAAGAGAUAUAGGUAUUACCAAGUCGAGAAUGGAGUUAAAAGAAAGAGAUAUAGAAGUGAAAAUUUCCUCGCAAGUUCUUCAGAAAGCUUUGCUAGUAAAGAGCAAUUACUGCUGGCCAUGUGAUCAACCCGCAGUUGUGUUUCCAUGGUGCCAUCUUGUGCCAGAAGGUGACCCUCCUCCACAUUCUACCCCCUUCAUGCAAAUACAUGAAUCUAGAGGUGAAGGAAUCGAUGCAAUAUGUAGCAAGUACAAUGGAAAAGCUGAUCUUCAAGUUGUUUUAGUGAUUUCUGGAGAGUCUGAAAGCAGUCAAAAAAUUCUGUCAGCUGGUCACUUAAAAGAGGAUUUAUCAUCAUUUCUUGUUGUUAUUGUUUCAAGCAAAUAUAAGAGAGAAAUUUUAAAAUUUUUUGAUAAAGCAAGAGACAAUAAAGCUACAGUAACAAUAUUCUUUAAUAAAAGAUACGAAUUUGCUCGAGCUUUAUUUCCUAAAAUUCCAGAAAGUCAUGAACAGUUAUUUAGGGCAACACAGUAUGUCAUAGAGAAUAAACUCAUUGUCUCUUUCUCACCAUACUUGGACAUCAGUAAACUUAUGGACAAAUCAAGUACAAAGAACUUGCCUUCACAAAGCAUUGAGUCCAAUAAUCCAGGAGAAAGACUGCUUUCAUUCUUUUUAAAUACUAUAUUUCAUCAGCAUAUGGAGGCAUAUAUUGAGUUAGCAUCAUCUUUUAAUGCAGUAGAGGUUGUUCGUCUCUUUCAAAAUUCUCUUCACUUUAAGUCAAACUUUUCCCAAGAUUUUAUAUUUUAUUUCUGUCUAGCUUACAUGAUUUAUAAAAAUGAAACAGGAUUUGAUUUUAGCAAUAAGGCCAAUAUUGUAACAAUGGAAUUUAUACAGUGUUUGUUGGAAGUACCUGUUGUUAGUGUUAAUGAACAAUUGCAAAAAUUUGUGGAACAUGAUGAUUUUGAAGCAACUAUUGCUAAAAUAAAAAGCAUCUUUGAAUAUGCUGCUGAUUCAAUAUUACACAGUUGUGACAUUUAUUUUGAAACUCUUAAGGGUUCAAAGCUAAUUCAUGUUUCCUUACUAUUAAGUGAGUAACUACUUAUAUGUGUACUAUAUUCAUAGUAUUUAUUGAUGCUGAAUACCGGUAUAUCAUUUCCACUAAGUAGUAAAUUUUGUAGCAAGUCAAAUUAUGAUUUUAGUUUUGCCAUUAUCGUAGGGCACUCUUUUUUGAGGGCUAUAAAUUUCAAGUUCCCUUUUUUAGCGAAAGUAAAUUCCACAAAUCAUGAUCCUUAACAUCCUUGUUAGCUGAUACAAUUGCUUUUAGUUUGAGGUACAUCAGUGAUGUGACAUAAGACCAGCAGGGUUUUGAAAAAGAAAAAGAAUGUAAACUCAGUCUACAGUCCAAAAAUGCCAUCUUUACAUGUGUACUUUAUAAAUGCCCAUAUGUAACAUGUCAACACACAUCUUGCAAUUACAAUCUAUUAUUUAAGGUCACAGUAUUUGCCAAGAGAAACUUACAUGGCAAUAUACAUUAGUAACGCGGUAGCGUUACUAUAUAUGAUUCACCCCCCAAACAAAAUGGCUGCCACUACUUUUGUAGCUUUGCUAUACUGGAAAAACGAGCUCCUAUGCUUACCAGACUUUAUAGAGGACCUCAU